AAUAUAGAAAAUUCUCGGUUCUGCCGAUUCCUUGAAUACAAUGUUACUUCUACACUUGAGAAUGUUUUGAAGGGAAGGAGCAUUUCAAGUGGUCAUUGUUUCUUCUUUACAACUCAAUGUGAAUGAGACCAAUUGAGAAAGUUGUGAUACCGUAGAAGAGCAAGUCUCAAUAGUAAAGGGUAAGUGUUCAGCAACACAAGACAACAUGUCCAUACCAGAGCAAGACUGAUCAAUAAAACCCAAGUACGGUGACUUUUCUCUGGAAGUGAUUCUGAUAAAUACAGCAGCAAAUCCAUGGAUCAAUUGGAGAUUAUUGUCACCUUUUAUAAUUUUACACAUUUUUGAGUCCGCAGGCGACAUGGAUAGGCACAUAGACCGGGUUGGUAUUUUUAUUACAUGAAGGGAAGACAUCACACUUCGUGACAGAGACAGGUGCCUAUUGUUCAGUUCUGCGGCAGAGAGCUUACAAUCCAACAGCGCAGAGAUUCACGGAUAUUUCUACAAAGGCGGGACCUUGUGCAGAAUAUCUCUUUCCAUUCGUUCAGGCUAUCUAGGAGUAGGACGGGUUAAGGUUUCACACAAAACUGGAAGAACAACAUUUUCACUCCUUAGAACAAAGUCAAUGAAUGUGGGUGAGGCCAUGGACACCAACCGAUACUUUAUCUUCCCUUGUUUACACCAGUGAACUUAUUGACUGGUCACCAUCAGAAGAUCCACAUGGACAUGAGUUGCACAUUUAUACUGAAUACAUCUUGGUGACAUCCCAGCCUUCACAGGGGACAGCUCCCUGGCACUGGACUUGGCAAGAUCAAUAACGCUGACAUUGCAGUUUGUUUAGAGGGCUCAGAUGAUCUGCAGAACUACACUUCUAGCCUAUAGCUUCUUGGAGCAGAAGAUUGCAGAAGUGACUCACAGUACUGCUAUUAUAUACCGACUAUAUAUAGAGAAAGUGAAUCUAAAACAUUAAGAUCCUCGUUUGCCUCAUUCUGAGCUGACUGAUCUGUAUUGUGCUGUAAUCCUAACCUGAAGAGCUGACACAUCUAUAGGCAGCACUAUCCUCACUGGAAGACUACAAGAUAAUAUCUUCUGCCUAGGGACCCCCCUCUCCUCUCUCCAUCCAGUCAUGGCUAUGGUCACAGGCCUCAUCCCCAUUCUCCGCACUGCAGUAGAAGCCACCACAGACUAUGACGGGAGAACCAUGUGGUAUGGCUUUGCUGUGGUCCGACUGAUUGCCCUCUAUGUGUCUGAACGCCCUUGGGGUCACCUGGAUCAGGACUUUGAUUGCCUGGUUAACGGUACCAAUGAGUUCUGUCGGAAGGCUUGCUUCAAUGAACAUUUCAAUGUGCCUGUGGUGUCCCUGUGGAACACUUGCUAUGUCUUCUUUGUGGCCUCUGUUCUCCUGAUGGAGCUCUUCACCUCUCAAAUUCGCCACAAUCUCCACAAGGCUGCUCUGAAGAAGAAGCCAUUGCCAGUAGAAAAGAACCUCACUGGCACUUGGGCUUCAGAACAUGCACAUAAAGAUCUGGUUCUGGAUUUCCACCAACAGAAAGUCCUGCUCGUUCUCUAUUUAGGCUGCAUAAUGUUGAGGCUGGUCGGAGAGUUGGCCUUUCUCUAUGCCGUGUUCUGGUGGUACUUGCCCAUGGUAUCCGGAGAACUUAUAGUCUGUUCCACAGAGCUGUGCCCUGGGCCCUAUAACUGCUUGGUGAGAUUCCCUGCAGAGAAGAGCAUGUCUCUUUACCUCCUGACCUUCCUCUCCAUCAGUGUAGCCUUGGUGAGCAUAGUGUUUGGGUUCUACAGUGGGUGCCACUAUCUCCCCAAGAAAAAUGACAGUAAGGAACUGUCCGUCUGACCUUACAGAACAUUAGGCAGGUAUAACCCCCAGGGAACUAUUAGAUACAGGGUGAUACUCACAGGGGAAUUUCUGCAGGGCCUCAUUUGUUCCCCAAACAUAUAACUUGUCACUAUGUAUGGAGGCAAUAAAGUAAUACAUAAUGGGAAUGUUUGCAGAGGCCUGUAACCCUGCUUCUCAGGUAAGACUUGGGUGCUGAAGAACUGCUGCCUGUGAGUAGCAUAAAGCAAACUGGAGAGUGUUGGGAGGAGAGGACGAGGGUUUAUGUGAUUGAGCCCAACAAUGGCAGGGUCAAUGGCAGAGCAACACCCUUAUAGAAGGAAGUGAGUGCCGUGCAACAGGAAUAUGAUAUCAUGUUUCCAUUGAACAGAUGCAAAGAAGAACAAUUACAAAGGUUUUAUUCUUCUUCUAAAAUGGAAUUAUUAACCAACUACACAGAUAUUUCAUUAGACUGAAGGCCUCCUCCCCAUGCAAGUCAAUUCCCACACAGAAGAUAUAUCCAUUGCUAAGAAUUCAGAGAUUGUAUUUUGAUACAAAGAGUGAGGAUAUGGGGUACCUUGAUGGGUUGGCAGCAUGAUUUUGUUUGUUCUACUUGUUCCCCAAUGCUGGUUCCUAUGGGUAUUCUGGUCUCCUCCCAUGCUCAGCACAACAGGCAAUUCAAUUGGCUUCUGAUAAAACGGAUCCUAUUGAGUGUGACAUAGGGGCCUCAGAGUGUAAGCUUCUGUGGCAGGGACUGAUGUAUAAUCUGUACGGUGCUGCUGAAUAUGUUGGUGCUCUAUGAAUAAAGCAUAUUACUUUAAUAACAUGUUAUCUUUUUGCAAGUGAACCUGAAAUACUUCACUGUCAUAUUUAGUAAACAAGUAAAUACUUUAUA